GACAAAAACAAAAAGUACAAAUUCAUAUUUAUCUUUAUAUUUUUAUUUUUGAGAAAGAAUACGAAAGCGGUGUGAUUAAAAUCACGAAAGAAAAAGUGCAUUCGUGUCACUUAAAAAGCCAAUACACUUGUAAAAAACAACAAACAAUUGUAUACACUAAAACCAGAGAGCGCAUAUUUAUAUAUAUGUACAUAUGGUCUCCAAAAACAACUCCACAGAAAACUCGCUGUGAAUAGAAAAAAUCGAAAAAUAACCAUAAAGAGAUCAACAGUAGGAAAGGAGGAAACUUAAAGAUAUUUAGAAGACGAAAAAUGGCUGACGAACAACCAAAUCUUGUUGCUGGACACCCACCAGCAGUUAAAGCGGGUGGCAUGCGCAUUGUACAACACAAAGCUCCUGCAGCUGAGCGUCCAGCUAAGGAUGCAGAAGAUUGUACCGGAUUGACGCAACCAGUUGCUGUUAAUAGUGGCGUAGUGAGUGGUGCUCCAGUUAAAGGAAAUAUAGAUUAUACGCCACAGGCAGCACAGGUCGCACACUCUCCCAAGCCACCGGCGUUUGUUGCACAAAAACCUCAAAUCAACAUUCAACAACCCCGUAAAUGAGUGUACGCCACACGCUCCAGCCGUUCAAACCUACAGCAACGACAACAACAACAACAAUAACAUAAUCAGCAGCAAAAUAACAGAUUCACCCAUUGCAAUAAUAGAAAAAACAUUCCAUUUUAAAUAGCCAACAGAAGAUACGAGUAG